UAGUAUUGUAAAUGACCAAUAAAGUUUACAAAAGCUGGAGCGAGCACGUGUUUGAAAUUGUUUUAUCAUAUCUGUCAGAUUUGACACUUAAAAAAAAGAGAAAAACAUUUGUCUUGAGAAAUAUAUACAUCUAUAGAAAUAUAUAUUUAUUUUGACAAAUUUCUGUUGCAAUUUUAGCUGUAUUAUUAUCUGUCUUAAAUAUGGCAAUCGAUUUAGGAUUCGUGCAGACAUGCGAAUCGUGGCGACUGACAAGCAGAUUUUUUCCUAGUAAAGUGGGCGGUAAGCCGGCCUGGCUCGAGCUGAAAAAUAUUCCCGGUAAAAGUGAUCUAGAAUGCGAGUAUUGCAAUGAUGUUUGCGUAUUUCUAUGCCAGAUCUACGCACCAUACGAAGAAAACGCCGAUGCGUUUCACAGGACUAUAUAUAUUUUUGUAUGCAAGAACACAGAUUGCUGCAGACCGAAUCAAAAUGGAAAUUUAAAAGUUUUUCGAUCGCAGUUGAGUAGAGUCAAUACUUUCUAUCCGUCUGAACCGCCUGUCGAGCAGAAGGACUGGAGGACAGACAUUGAUGUGUCACAAUGGGCUAAAACAUGUUGUAUAUGUGGGAUUGCAGCACCGAGUCACUGCGGCAAAUGUAAAGUCGUCAAUUAUUGUUGUCGUGUACAUCAAGUAUAUGACUGGAAGAAUGGACAUAAACAUAUAUGUGGUACUGAAGCAAAUAAUAAUAAUAAUUUCUUGUUUCCCGAAUACGAGAUUGUAAUAGAGAGCGACGAUUUGACAAAAGAUAUCGAGCAAGAUGAUCUUGAAAGCGAGCAGAAGGAGAUUGAAAAAUAUAAUGCUAUGAUUCAAAAUGGCAAAGCUGGAAGUCUUCAGCAUGAAGACGUUAAUGACGAUUUACUACAGAUAGCUAACGACGAAAAAGAUGAAAUAUUUGCAGAAUUUCGUAUGAGAACAGAUAAUUAUCCAGAUCAAAUUUUAAGAUAUGAUAGAGGAGGAAAAGUUCUAUACAUAUCACAACAUAACCAGAUAAUAGAUAUACCGAAAUGUUCAGAAUGCAAUGGCAAUAGACAAUUUGAAUUUCAAAUAAUGCCACAACUAUUAAAUUUCCUGGGUUUGAAAGACAUUGUCAAGUAUCUUGAUUGGGGAAUAUUGGCAGUUUUCACAUGCAAGCAAUCUUGUGUACCUAAUGGUAAAUAUGUAAGAGAAUAUAUAUGGAAGCAAGAUAUUGUAUGAAAAGAAACUGAUUCGAGAAUAAAUCAGAACACAUGAAUGUAUUCGCCUUGCUCAUUUAAAAGAUCUUUUUUUAAAUAUUACACAUCUUACACUUUAAUUGUAUGAAUUGUUCUAUUAUCAAAAGUUAAUUAAUUUCUUAAUCUGGUAAAUUAUGUUAUAAAAAUAGGACAAUAAGAUAAACAUUGAUUAACAAAUACAUGAUCAAGAUUUCUGGUCCCUUAUUAACAUUGUACUGAAUUAUGACUGCAGUGAGGACACACAGGAGUUUUAAAAACUAAACAAUAAAAUGAUAAAAAGAGUUUAUAUACAUUCCUUUUAUAUAAAAAAAUACAAUAUAAAAUUAUAUAUAAUAUUUCAAUGAGAAAUGUUUUCUGAAACACUAUCACAAAAUACACUCUAAGAAUCACAUUGCUUUCAAUGAUUAUAAUGUUAUAAAUUAAUAAAAGUUUUGUCGCAACAACUUCAAUCGACUAUGAUUAUAUGAUUAUCAAAA